ACAUGACGUCAUAUGCGUUCGCCCAUUGCGUGUAUUCUGCGCGACUGCCCCUACAUGCGGGACAUGUGGAACUGGAGGCAUGGCUGAAGCUGAGACAGCAGCGGAUUCCUCGGUGCCGGAGGCUACUGCCCCUGCUAGGGCUCUGCCUUCUCUUGCGCUUCCAUCGUUCUCUGAGGCCUGCGAGUUAGUUAGAAGCCGCUAUUCGUGCCUUGUGGUUGAGACACAUAGGAGACAUUUAACUCUUUCUCCCAAGUUUCUGCAGAAGAAACGGAGCGGUAUCCAGGAGCAGCUCAAUACCGACCUGCUAAAGUACAAUGAGGGGCUGAAAGGAGUCCCAGUUGCUUAUGACAGUAUAAAAUUGGUUGGAGAACUGGGUGAUAUCUUUGAUGAUCUAGGACACAUUCAUAUAAAUAUAGAGGCAGACUUUGUCAUCUUUAACCCUAAAUGUGGACAGACACUUGUGGGUAUUGUCAAUAAAGUUGCACCCACACAUAUAGGUUGUUUGGUACAUGGCUGUUUCAACGCUUCCAUACCCAAGCCUCCCAAGAUGCCCAUUGAAAAUUGGCAGCGUAUUGGUGUUAACAUAGAUGACGAGAUAGAGUUUGAAGUAUUCCGUUUAGAUUCUGAUGCUGUCGGUGUAUUUUGUAUACGUGGAAAGCUGGAUAGAAGAAUGGAAGAUAAAGCUUACGAAACCCCAUGUGAAGAAACUGCUGAGCAAGCUGAUGAUGGAACAUCUGAUAAAGAUGCAGAUGCCCUGGAAAGCUCAAAUAUGGAAUCCAGCGUCCAAGAAAAUGGUGAUGUUCAGGAAAAAGCAAAGAAAAAACGCAAGAAACAGAAAUUGCAAGAGUCGCUUACACAGGAAGCUGAGAGCACAGGAGAUCAUUCUAUAGUCACAGAUCCAAAUCUAGAGAGUCCUGGAGAAUUGCAUGAAGACAUUUCAAAUAAAGAACGCAAGAAAAAGAAGCACAGGAAUGUUCCUGGGCAAAAUAGUGAAUCUGAUGCUGAGAAAGGUGUGGACAGUACAAUCCUUGAAGACGGCAAUAUUACUGAAUCACCAGUUAAUUUUAAACCAAAGAAAUCCAAGAAGAAGAGUAAGGAGAUAAGUAAUUCUAAUAGUACCUCUGCUUUUCUCAAUGGAGUAGUAGAAGAUGAAAGUUUUUCAGAAAGUGCCACUGUUGAACCAGAAGAAAUGACAGCAAGUGGUGGUGACCCAGAUAAGGUUAAGAAAAAACACAAGCACUCUUUUGUGGAGCAGAUCCCGGACAGUGACCUUGUCACUUGUAUCUCAUCCGAAGGAUCUCUCACCAAAGGCCUUGUUAUCUCUCAGGAAACUCCAAAGGCAAAAAAGCAUAAAGCAAAACAUCAGGAACAUUUACUGCCUGGCAGUGGCUCAGGGUCAUCCCAAAGCAAGCACAAAAAGGCAAAAAGACACCAUGAAAAUGAACCAGAUACUUUGGCUGCAGAACCCAAGAUUAAAAAGAGACAUAAAGAAUGACAUGUUUUUAACAAUACUGUAAAUUUGUAUUUUCAAAAGCAAAAGUGUAUUUUAAUAAUGUAUGUGCCAAUGUAAAAAUUAUUUGGAAGUUUAAAAAUCAAAUAUGUUUAGGAGUUCCACCUAUUUAUUAUAAAGUGUGCCUUGUGCUUUCUUUCUUUCUUUCAAACAUUUUACUUCUGGCCAUUCUAUAGGGCCCCCAGCAGUGCAUAUGUACCAGGGUUCAUGCAUUAGGUUAGUAAAUAGACAGACUUUCAUUGAUGCACUUGUGCUUUUGAUAGGUCCAGCUGUACUGCUGAUUGGAUCUUUAAAUUAAUAAGCACAGCCACACAUGCUGUAGCCCAAAUUGUGCAGGCUCAGCAUUUCAGCCAUAUGUAUCCUGUAUUUAAUGGAAAAGGGGUUAAUUAAACAAGAAUUGGGGUUUCUAAAUUUCCUAACCUGAACCUGUACCGGAAGGAGUUAGGUGCUCUACUGCCAGUCAAUCACUGCCUUUUUUCACUUAACCCCGAAUUUGUGGCAAAAUUGGAAAAUAUCACUGUGACUGAUAAUGAUCCAGCAUUCUAUUCCACAGGAAGCAGAGGUAGAGGAAAGUAACCAUGAGGAUCAUUUAUGGGUCUAAGCCCUAUAGUAAAGGAAAACCAUAAUGAUGAUAAUACCUUGAAACAAGAAGCAGAAAGAACAGGUUAUUUUUAAUAACUUUCUGAGGUUCCUCCUGCAUAGACCGUCAAAGACACAAGUCCACUUUUUUAGCAACCAAAAGGAUUGGAUCUCUUACAGAUACCCUGAAGGCCUAUGGAACCCAUCUUAAUGCCAUAAGAGUCUUACAAGAUGCCUGGUGAUUAAUUUGCAUAUAAAGCUGCCAUUUCAGAAUAUACUAUAGAUGUGCUUAAUGCAACCAAGCCAAAUGGUUUGAAUGUCAGUUGUAACUGCAUGAAAAAAAGGCAUUUUAAAUUUUCACACAUGGGUUUCAUGUUACCUAUGUAUUUGCAGUAUCAGUAGUGCCUUUAAAUUGAAUGUGUGUGUGUAGGCUACAUAUGCAUUUGCUCAGCAGGGCCACUAGAUGUCACUGUUGUCUUAUUAAAUAUGUGCCCAUUGCAGGGGAAUUAGACUGCUUGCCUUUAAACAGACUUUCUGCCUGAUAAUCGUCUUGCCCAGUUUAGUUUCCCACAUUUUUGUGUUUGUUUUUUCCUUUUGCUUGUUCUUUAACGUAUGAAUUAACAGAAACAAACAAGUGUAGCAGCCCUGUAGAAUAAAAGAACAGAUGCACCUAGUUAUAUCCAGACACUUGCCGGAUGGAAGAAGAAAAGACUAACAAGAUCCCUCUAUGCAAGGAUGGGCAACUUCCAGCUAUUGCCUUUUGUAGCACUGCUGAUAAAGUUUGACAGCAUCCAGGGACCAGAGGCGCCCAAUCACAUUAUUAGUACACAGUUCCUCUAUAUGUUGCAGGACUGGCUGAAUAGAAAAUGAUAUAUAGAAUAUAACCUUGUUGCUAUUAAGUGUUAUACAGCCCAUACCUGUGCAUAUUGAUAUGAGCAGCAAGUUUUUUCUUUGACAUAAGACUUGUCAAAAUUAAAAACUCCCACACGUAUGCUCCUGCGGAAAAGAAUGCCAAAGUCUGCUUUAACUUUCUGCUGUGC